UUGUGUUAUUUAUCAUUAUCAAUGAAUUACAUUCUUAAACAAUGUUCAUAUUCUAUUAGUUAAGAAAUACCGAUUAUAGCUUUAACAAAAAGUCAACUCUUUUCUAAGGACCAACUUACAGUCAUUAUUCAAUAAAAAUCAACUAUGAGUUUGCCUCUACCUAUACCACCGUGUGCGAAAAGAGACGGCCUAAGCGGGCUAAGCUGUGAACGAUUUGAGUACGCUAGUACAAUGGCUACAACUUUAUUAGCACCGGUUAAAACCGAACGUGAGAUCCUGGAACACUCAAUGUCGGAAGAUGAUCCUAAUGCUAAUACUCAGUUACCGAGUGAAGUAGGAAAGCAGCCCCGAUGGGGCCCGCGGCACCGAGGCGCACAAGAACUCGCAGAACUUUAUAGUCCAGGAAAACGGCUGCAGGAGUGGGUAUGUGUUAUAGUCUGUUGCACAUUAUGUGCAUGUGCAGGCUUUCUAAUGGCCAGAUAUAUCCAUGCAGAUGCUUCUCUAUUACUGGCUGCCAUAGCUGGUGUAUUGACAGCAGAUUUUGCUUCAGGGGUUGUCCACUGGGCUGCUGACACUUGGGGAGCUGUUGAUCUCCCUAUUAUAGGCAAGAAUUUUAUACGGCCUUUCCGUGAACAUCACAUCGAUCCUACUUCAAUAACGCGGCAUGACUUUGUCGAAACAAAUGGUGAUAAUUUCGCUAUCACAAUUCCUGUACUGGGAAGGAUUGUUUGGCAGCUGCUUACAUAUGAUGCUUUCACAAUACAAGAGCAAUUUCAUUGGAUUGCAUAUUGGUAUUUGUGCUGUAUUUUUGUGGCAAUGACAAAUCAGAUCCACAAGUGGUCGCACACGUACUUCGGGCUGCCCGCGUGGGUGGUGUGGCUGCAGGAGUGGCACGUCGUGCUGCCGCGCCGCCACCACCGCAUACACCACGUUGCGCCGCACGAGACUUACUUUUGCAUAACCACAGGUUGGCUAAAUUGGCCCCUAGAGAAAUUGCAGUUCUGGUCUACUCUAGAAAUUAUCAUAGAAGCUAUGACUGGCUGCAAGCCGCGGGCCGACGAUAUGAAAUGGGCCCAGAAACGUUCCUGUUCAAUGACAUCUACAGUGUCAAAGUGUGGUGCCAGUAAAUACUUAGUGAUUCUGCCAAUGCCGGCGCCACAAUCAAGAGCAGAUCUAGUGGCUGGAGCAUUCUUUGAAGAUAAUAUUGACUGCAGGAACAAUGUUGAGCCAUCAAUAUCAAUAUCUGAUAUGAAACCAAAACCUCCAAGUACUCCGUCCAGUUUUUUACUUCCACAAGCAGUAGAUUCGUCAAAUAAAAUCUGGCCACACUGCUGUGGUCUUUUUAAGUCAAGUUGGUUGCUGAAAAAGGUGUUUUCAAAAAUGGGGAAAGUCAAGUGUUCGGAAUUGCGUACUAAAGACAAAAAGGAACUCUUCAAACAACUAGAAGAGUUAAAAACGGAGUUAACGAAUUUACGUGUAGCUAAAGUUACCGGUGGAGUAGCAUCAAAGCUGUCAAAAAUACGUGUAGUGAGAAAAGCAAUUGCACGUGUUUACAUUGUGUACCACCAAAACAUGAAGGUAAAUUUAAGAAAUCACUACAAGAACAAGAAAUAUAAGCCACUCGAUCUCAGGCCUAAGAAGACUCGUGCGAUGCGUAAAGCUCUUACCAAACACGAAGCUAAAAUAAAAACCCAGAAAGAGAUCAGGAAGAAAUCUCUGUUUCCUCCCAGAGUUUAUGCAGUAAAAGCUUAAAUAAACACUCAAAAUUAA